AAGGGGGGUUAACUGAAAUAUUUGAAAGAGAGUGUGAGACAGUGAGACACCCAAUAGUUACACCAAGCAUACAAAGUUGAUGACGUGUCAUUGCAGUUGUCAGAAUUUUUCUCCACCAAAAGAAAAAAAUAUCUCCACCGUGUUCCAGCAGUGCCUCCUUGUUGGACUCGAAGCUCUUCCCCUGUAAUCUAACAAUGGCGCUCUCUGCAACAUUCAAGCCUUUUUCACCUCAAAGCUUCAAUCUUUACUCCAAAAUCCGCAGACCCUUUUCCUUUCACUCUCUCACUUUCCUCAAGGUUCGCGCUUCAACCACUCUUGAUUAUUCCAACGUCUCCGCCAACCCAAAACCCUCACCUUUGAAGACUAGUAAUUGGCAAUGGAAAUUCAAUGACAAUUCUAUAAACAUCUAUUAUGAGGAACAUGCGAAGGAGGCUGAGGAGCCUUCCCAGAAUAUCUUGCUGAUGCCGACUAUUUCUGAUGUCAGCACUGUUGAGGAAUGGAGAUUAGUAGCUGGUGACAUUGUUCAGCGUAACGGCAAUAUCAAUUGGCGUGCAACCAUAGUUGAUUGGCCUGGUCUCGGCUAUUCGGAUCGGCCGAAGAUUGAUUACAAUGCCGAUGUAUUGGAAAGAUUUCUGGUUGAUUUCAUCAAUUCACCCACUGGUCCAAUAAAACCAGAGAACGAUUUGAUAAUAUUCGGAGGAGGGCAUGCUGCAUCAAUAGUGGUCCGUGCGGCAAAAAAGGGUUUGGUGAAGCCCAAAGCUGUAGCUGCAGUUGCACCAACUUGGGCUGGACCCCUUCCUAUUGUGUUUGGUCGAGAUUCCAGCAUGGAAACAAGAUAUGGUCUUCUAAGAGGCACAUUAAAGGCUCCUGCAGUUGGCUGGAUGAUGUAUAACAUGCUUGUCAGCAACGAGAAAUCAAUCCAAUCACAGUACAAAUCCCAUGUCUAUGAAAACCCGGAUAACGUGACUCCAGGAAUUGUGGAAAGCAGAUACGCAUUGACAAAACGAAAAGGAGCACGAUACUUGCCGGCUGCUUUCUUGACUGGGGAAUUGGACCCCGUAACAUCUCGUGAAGAGUUCCUCGAACUCUUUGCGGGGUUGGAAGGAAAGACACCGGUCUUGGUUGUAUCAGCCAAAGGAGCUCCAAAGAGGUCAAAGGCUGAGAUGGAAGCUCUUAAGGGAGCCAAAGGGGUGAGCAAGUUUGUGGAGGUUCCAGGUGCACUUCUUCCACAAGAGGAGUAUCCUGCUAUAGUUGCACAAGAGCUUUUUAAGUUCUUGGAAGAAUACAUUGUCUCUGCUGUUUAAAGUUUAAACUUUGACACUUUUUUCCCCUUAAUAAUAUAUUGAGGUUCUGUAACUUUUCCCCUUUCCUAUGGGAAAAUUCUUGUAGACUCACAAGUUUAGUAUAUCAUUGUUAAUCACACAAACAUUUAAGUUGGCAAUACCUAUAAAUGAUUAAGUGUAUCUUAGAUAAAGUUAGUGGGUGCACUUAAUAAUAUUAGAUUUGUCAUUUGUGUCUAGAUAAGGAUUCUGCGUAUAUAUGUAAUUUCUUUUAAUUUGCUU